UCAGAGGAAUGGAGGCCAGUCUUUUCUGUCGGUUGUGAAUCCUCAACAACUGUCACAUUUCUGUGGGAAUUUGGACGAGCGCGACUGCGGCUAGUUGCUGAACACACUCCCAGUAGCAGAAUGGCCUCAGACUCUGUAGGUCAGACUCCUGGGUCAAAUAUCAUGAUCUUUCAUCCAACCAAGGAGGAGUUCAAAGACUUCAGCCGCUACGUUGCCUACAUGGAGUCACAGGGGGCUCACAGAGCCGGCAUGGCAAAGGUCAUCCCGCCUAAAGACUGGAAGGCCCGGCGUACUUACGAUGACAUCGAUGACCUGGUCAUUCCCGCUCCAAUACAGCAGGUGGUGACAGGCGAGUCUGGGCUCUUUACCCAGUACAACAUCCAGAAGAAACCCAUGAGUGUGCGGGAAUUCCGGCGGACCGCCAACACGGAUAAGUUUUGCAACCCCAGAUAUGUGGAAUUUGAAGAGCUGGAGAGAAAGUACUGGAGGAAUCUCACCUUUAACCCUCCAUUGUAUGGUGCAGACAUCAAUGGAACUCUCUACGAUCCAGACGUGAGCGAGUGGAACAUGGGGCAUCUGAACACCAUCCUGGAUUUGGUGGAGAAAGAUAGCGGGAUUAAGGUUAAAGGGGUGAUCACGCCAUUCCUCUACUUCGGCAUGUGGAAGAGCACGUUCGCAUGGCACACUGAAGACAUGGACCUCUACAGCGUCAACUACCUGCACUUCGGAGAACCCAAGUCCUGGUAUGUUGUGCCCCCAGAACAUGGGAAGAGAUUGGAACGCCUUGCUAAAGGAUUUUUUCCUGGAAGUGCCCAAAGUUGUGAAGCUUUCUUACGGCACAAAAUGACAUUGAUUUCCCCGUCGAUCCUGAGGAAGUACGGCAUCCCUCUCGAGAAGGUCACACAGGAAGCAGGUGAGUUCAUCGUGACCUUCCCGUUUGCGUACCAUGCUGGCUUCAACCACGGCUUCAACUGCGCCGAGUCCACAAACUUCGCUACACAGCGCUGGAUUGACUACGGCAAGCAGGCCGCAUUAUGUUCCUGCCGUAAGGACAUGGUGAAGAUCUCCAUGGAUGUUUUUGUGCGCAAGUUCCAGCCGGAACGCUACAAGCUGUGGAAGGCAGGGAAGGACAACGCCCCCAUCGACCACUCCAAAGUCACUCUGGAGGUGGCCGAGCUCCUAACGGAUGAGAAGGUGCAGGCAGAGGAGAGAGGAGAGCUCAGUAACUGGACCGAAACCAUCAGUCAGGCAGAGGAGGGAUCAGAAAGACCGGCAGAACAGGGGGGUGGAGAGAGAGCGGCUGAACGGGAGGGUGGAGAGAGAGCAGUGACAGAGACAGAAAAGACAGAUAAUGAGACAGGAGAGACACAGAUGAUCACAGCAAAUGCAGAUAGAGGAGAGACACCAACAGAGAAGACAGAGAGUGGAGAGAGAGAGACAGAAAACACAGAGUGUGAAGACAGAGAGACAGAAAACACAAGUGAGAGCUCGGAAGGACGGACUGAGAAAGAAGACAAAGGAAGCAGAGAGGUGGAGGAAGACAGUGGAAGAGCAGAGAAGGACACAGCAGACAAGGACACGACAGACAAGGACACGACAGACAAGGACACGACAGACAAGGACACGACAGACAAGGACACAGCAGAGAAGGACACGACAGACAAGGACACGACAGACAAGGACACGGCAGACAAGGACACGGCAGACAAGGACACGGCAGACAAGGACACGGCAGACAAGGACACGGCAGACAAGGACACGACAGACAAGGACACGACAGACAAGGACACGACAGACAAGGACACGACAGACAAGGACACGACAGACAAGGACACGACAGACAAGGACACGACAGACAAGGACACGGCAGAGAAGGACACGGCAGACAAGGACACGGCAGACAAGGACACGGCAGAGAUGGACACGGCAGACAAGGACACGGCAGAGAUGGACACGGCAGACAAGGACACGACGGACACGGCAGACAAGGACACGGCGGACAAGGACACGACGGACACGGCAGACAAGGACACGGCAGACAAGGACACGGCAGACAAGGACACGGCAGAGAUGGACACGGCAGACAAGGACACGGCAGACAAGGCCACGACAGACAAGGCCACAGCAGAGAUGGACACGACAGAGAUGGACACGACAGAGAUGGACACGACAGAGAUGGACACGACAGAGAAGGACACGACAGAGAAGGACACGACAGAGAAGGACACGACAGAGAAGGCCACGGCAGACAAGGCCACGGCAGACAAGGCCACGGCAGACAAGGCCACGGCAGACAAGGCCACGGCAGAGAAGGCCACGGCAGAGAAGGCCACGGCAGAGAAGGCCACGGCAGAGAAGGCCACGGCAGAGAAGGCCACGGCAGAGAUGGCCACGGCAGACAAGGCCACGGCAGAGAAGGCCACGGCAGAGAAGGCCACGACAGACAAGGCCACGGCAGACAAGGCCACGGCAGAGAAGGCCACGGCAGAGAAGGCCACGGCAGAGAUGGCCACGGCAGAGAAGGCCACGGCAGAGAUGGCCACGACAGAGAAGGCCACGACAGAGAAGGCCACGACAGAGAAGGACACGACAGAGAAGGACACGACAGAGAAGGACACGACAGAGAAGGCCACGGCAGACAAGGCCACGACAGAGAAGGCCACGGCAGAGAAGGCCACGGCAGAGAAGGCCACGGCAGAGAAGGCCACGGCAGAGAUGGCCACGACAGAGAAGGCCACGACAGACAAGGACACGACAGAGAUGGAGCCUUGCAAAAAGACACACAGUGAGACACACGGGGAAGAGAUGAACUCUGAAACAACACACACACAGAGGAGAGAAGGAGAGCCAGAGCAGACUGACAUGGACAGCAGGGAGAUAAAGACAGAAAAAGAAGAGAUAGAUAGAGGACAGUUGGAGAGAGAAAAUGGAGAGAAACCGAGAGAAAAGAUUGAAACGCUAAUAACUGAGACUGCAAGAGUGGAGAAUGAGACCAAAGAGCAAGAGAUGGAAAGAGCAGAGUGGAAGACACAAGGGGAGACAGGCGGAGAGAUUGGGAUGGACAGAGGAGAAACUGGAGAUGAAAAAGAGAGAGGUGCAGGAGAAAUGGAAGAGGACGGCUCUGAGAACGGAGAGACGGAGAAAGUAGAGGCAGCUAGAGGUGAGACAGAGAGAGAGAUGGCAGAAACCCCGAGAGGAGAGACAGACCUCGAAACGGGGAUGCUGGGGAGAGAAAGAAACGAGAGUGGAGGAGAAGGAGCAGUAGCGGAGGCCGAGGAGGAAAGAGGGGGGCGGAGAGAGGCGUUGGAGGCAGGAGACAUGCAGGGUGGAGGGGUGGACACGGAAGAGGGCGAGAAAGAGGGAGGAGGGGCCGGCAUCGAAGACGGAGAGAUGGAGAGAGGAGAGGUGACCGCCGAGGCCGUGGAUGCGAGAGAGUGUGAGGAGGAGGAGGAGGAUACGCACUCCGCUGAGGAAGAAAGAAGCGGCUCACCACUGCAGGACGAGAGCAGCGAGUGUAAGCAGCAGGUGGCAGUUAAGCGACCAAGGGACACCAGUGCUGGUUCUGGUGCUGGUUUUGCAGAAGCUGAGGAGCAGGUCCAGCAGAAGAGAGCUCGGUUCAGCCAGCCUGACCCUAGAGAAGUGGAGGGGUGUGUGGGUCCAGCAGACCCAGAUGGGCAGGAGGGUGAGGACAGCAUGGAAACAGACAGAACUCCAGACCAUCCAAAGACUCCUUCCUGUUUGUCAGACAAGCCCCCAGUCUCCAGCCCUGCCCCCAUCAUAGACACUCCGCCCUCACAGAGCCGUGACCUCACUCCUUCUGCAACCAGUGAUGUCAUGCAGCCUGGUGACAUCACAGAUAAGACAAGCACAUCUGCGUCUACGUUCAGUGAUGUCACUGCUUCUUCCCAGCCUGCUAGUGUCACCACUCGGAGGAGUGACAUAACUUCUCAGUCAAAUUAUAUUACCUCUCAGUUGAGUGAGAUCACCUCUCAACUGCCGGAUGUCAUUACUCAGCCGAGUCAGAAUAACAUCACCUCUCUGUCGAGUGACAUCGUCUCUCGGCCAGUUGACAUCACAUCUCAGUCACACAAAUUCACUCCGUGCCAUGACCUCAAAACUAAACCCAGUAGUGUCACUAAUCUUCCUGGUGACAUCACUCCUCCGUGGUGCGCCCUCACCAACAAACCUAGUAAAAUCACUGCUAAACUUCAUUCUAAUGACAUUACCACCAAGCCCAAUGCAAAUGACUUCAGCAUUCGAGCUAAGCCUACCCAUAGCACUCGGCACCAUGGUGACAUCACACCCAAGCCCUGCAAAACCAGCCCUAAGUUUGAGCUUAAAUCCAGGGAGAGUAUUGGCACUCGCGCUCCACCAGAGGCCAUCGGCGAGCACAGAGCCAACUCCAGUGUGAACCCAGCCCAGCGUCUCUUCCAGAGAACUUUGAGUCCGGCCGAGGUUCUGCACGUCCACAGCUAUGCCAAAGGAGACUACAGUGACCCAGAACCGCACAGCAGGGGGGCAAGAGACAGUGACUCAGACACAGAGACGCAUAGCGACUCCCAGCAGGGGGCAGAAGAGGGCUGUGAAGAUGCCCUGAACAGCCUGGUGAAGCUGCCCAGACACCAUCCUCUGAUGAAGGAUGGCAUCAGUGAUGAGGAACUCCAAGACCAGGCUCUGAUUGACGAGGAAGGGUUAGAGGGUGAAUCCUGGGCAAAACGUCUGGCCCUGCUGUGGCAGAACAGGCCGUAUAAUGAAGAAAGAGAGAGGGAGUACAACAGAGAGAUGGGUCUCCAGUCACCCUACUGCGCCGUCUGCAUGCUGUUCCAGGCCCACCAGCGGUCUGAAGGUGGCGACAGGGAGCCAGCUCCCAUCCAGGCAGGGGGGCAAGUAAGGACAAAGCCACUGAUCCCAGAGGUGUGUUUCACCACCACGACAGAGGACAGCGCCGAGCUGCACCUGUCCACACCCCACCUGGAGCAGGAUGGAACCAGCGUGCUCAUCAGCUGUGCCCAGUGCUGUGUGCGGGUACACACCAGCUGCUAUGGUGUGGCACCUGAGAGAGUCACCAAAGACUGGAGAUGUGCCCGCUGUGUGGCCAACGCCUUGACCGAGAGCUGUUGUCUGUGCUCGUUAAGGGGUGGUGCCUUACACAGAGCCAACAAUGACAAGUGGGUGCAUGUCCUGUGUGCAGUAGCCAUAUUGGAGGCGCGCUUUGUGAAUGUCACGGAGAGAUCUCCUAUAGACCUGAGUGGCAUUCCCCUACAGAGAUUCAGACUGAAAUGUUACUACUGUAAGAGAAGGAUGAAGAGGACAUGGGGCUGCUGUGUGCAGUGCUCCCACGGCCGCUGUCCCACCUCCUACCACCCUACCUGCGCACAGGUUGCCGGCGUGCUCAUGCACCCGGACGACUGGCCCUUCGUCGUCUACGUCACCUGCUGUCGUCACAAAGGGCCCAGCCAGUCGGAGAGGAAUAAGGAGUCCAUGCGGGACUUGAGCGUGGGCCAGAAAGUGAUCUGCAAGCACAAAAACGGCCGCUACUAUCAGUGUGAUGUGGUCCAGCUGUCCAAGGAGACGUUUUACGAGGUCAACUUUGACGAUGGCUCCUUCAGUGACAAUCUCUUCCCUGAGGACAUUGUGGGUCGUGACUGCAGCCAGCUGGGUCCUCCACCCCCCGGGGACGUAGUGCAGGUGCGGUGGACCGACGGCCUCAUCUACGGAGCAAAGUUUGUGGCGUCUCACGUCAUCCAAAUGUAUCAGGUGGAGUUUGAGGAUGGCUCGCAGCUGACCGCCAAGCGAGACGACGUCUACACGCUGGACGAGGAACUGCCUAAGCGGGUGAAGUCCAGACUGUCCAAGGCGUCCGACAUGCGUUUCGAUGGGAUGUUCGGGGAGAAGAAGGAACAGCUCAGCAAGAGACAACGUGUGAUCAACCCCAAGUACAGAGGAGACUACAUCGAGCCUGUCAUCUACAGAGCCAUCAUGGAGUAGCUACACAUACACACACGCAUGUCCCAUGACAUUUCCCCCACGACAUGAAGAAAUGGGAGGUGUAAGAACAGAUGUUUUCUGUUUCUCUGUGUGAACUUCUACGAGAUCUGUUUUUAUUCUGUAUUUUUUUAAACACGCUUUUAACUGGUCUAAUAGUGUUGCCGUCUCCCCGAGGCCUGAGCAGUUGGCUGUGGUCUUUCUGGAGGUGUCUCUUCUCAGAUACGUACGUGAUUUAUACACUCACAGGAAAAAAGGCACUUGUGUACAGAGUUUCUGGUAAACUGUACCUGGAAAGCAUUAAGCACAGGGGUUUGUAUUAAUUUGAUAAACAAUUUUCUAUCUACAUUUCAAUACAUUUUUAACGCCGCAUUAAUUUAUUUUCCUCGUGUUCAGGGUGCUAUUCCUGCCCGUGUUUUCCAGAACAGAGGAACGACUGUUGUUUUAUUAACACGGAUGCGUCUUUCUGACGGGAUCUUCACUGUCAUCGAAUCCUAUCCGUGCAUUCCUGAUUAUUGUAGAUUAUUCGGAACAUAAUUAAUUUAGCAUUUACAUUUCUGGAGGUUUGUUCUGGGUUUUUUUUUUUGGUUUGUUUUUUUAACCAGCCUAUUUAUUAGACAGUGCUUUAUGACAGUAGCCUUUGCAAUAGUGUGAAUUCCUGCACCCUCUGGGAUCUGGGUGGGUUGUGUCCCUUCCGUGUUGACAGAGACGUCCAUGCGGAGACAGACCUGCUGUGAAAUGCCACGGAUUGCCUGAAGUUCUCCUGACCUCUCACACGCGUUUACUUUCUUUUUAAAAAAAAAAGCAACUUAUUGCAUUCGCAAUCUUAUCAGAUCUCUUAUUAUGCUUUAAAAUAAGCUAUUUUUGCACUUCCAAGCUGAACUGUUAAUGGAUUUUCGCACACCCCGCCCUGCCCCACACCCCAUAUCCCCUGAAACAGCCUCGGUCGUGAAGGUUACGGAGUCGGUUGGAUGCCUUUUGCCUGCCCGUGUGUGACGUCUAGGCUGACAGGGCCCUGUUGUUGACAUCUCUGGGAGAUUUACACCCCUCGCGCUCAGAGAGGAACAGACCUCUAAUGCCACUUUGGAAAGAAAUGACUUGUAAACGGGAUUUUUUAAAUUGUUAUUAAAAAGCAUAUUUGAUUGCGUUGUUUUAUAAUAAGUGUUUUAAUGUUUAUAUACUGUGAGAGUUGUAUGUAGUUAAUUUAAUGCCACUGUGGCAGCCUCCUGGCCGCCAGCUUUUCUUCCAGAAGCGUCUCCGCUUGUCUCUGCUCGUCUCUGCUCGUCUCUGCUUGUCUCUGCUCGUCUCCGUGUGUCUCACCUGCUCUUCGUGUAUGCAGAGGCUCCAGCACUUCCAUUCAUGUCUUUUGUAAAGAUCUUCAGUGUGUCAGUAAAAGAUGAGAUGUGAGCCUA